AUGGAAGGAAAGACAACAAUGAAGGGCCUUGCCAUGCUUGGCAUUGGCAAGAUUGGAUGGAUUGAGAAGCCUAUCCCCGAGUGUGGUCCAUUAGAUGCUCUUGUGAGACCACUUGCACUUGCUCCAUGCACUUCAGACACACACACUGUUUGGGCUGGUGCCAUUGGAGACAGACACGACAUGAUUCUUGGCCACGAAGCUGUUGGACAAGUCGUUAAGGUUGGAUCUCUUGUCAAGUUACUCAAAGUAGGUGACAAGGUCAUAGUCCCAGCCAUUACACCAGAUUGGGGAUCAUCUGAAGCACAAAGAGGAUAUGCUCAGCACUCCGGCGGAAUGUUGGGAGGCUGGAAAUUCAGUAAUUUCAAGGAUGGUGUCUUCUCCGAAGUGUUCCAUGUGAAUGAAGCUGAUGCCAAUCUUGCUAUUCUUCCAAAAGAAAUCGCUCCAGAGACCGGCGCGAUGUUAUCUGACAUGGUGACAACUGGAUUCCACGGAUCUGAGUUGGCAAAUAUCAAACUUGGUGACACUGUCUGUGUCAUUGGAAUUGGCCCCGUUGGAUUGAUGUCUGUUGCUGGUGCUAACCACCUUGGUGCAAGUAGAAUCUUUGCUAUUGGAUCCAGAAAAGGAUGCUGUGACAUUGCCAUGAAAUAUGGAGCCACUGACAUCAUCAAUUACAAGAAUGGUGACAUCGUCGAUCAAAUCUUGAAGGCCACCAAUGGCGAAGGAGUUGAUAAAGUUGUUAUUGCUGGUGGUGAUGUGCACACAUUUGCUCAAGCAGUCAAAAUGAUCAAGGCUGGAAGUGAUAUUGGAAACGUCAAUUACCUCGGCGAAGGUGAGAACAUCGAUAUCCCACGUGUUGAGUGGGGUGUUGGAAUGGGUCACAAGAACAUUCAUGGUGGACUUACACCGGGCGGAAGAGUCAGAAUGGAGAAACUCGCAUCUCUUGUUGUCACAAAGAAACUUGAUCCUUCACUCUUGAUCACUCACAGAUUCGAAGGUCUUGAAAAGGUCGAAGAUGCUCUUAUGUUGAUGAAGAAUAAACCGGCUGAUCUUAUUAAGCCAGUGGUCAGAAUUCAUUAUGCUGAUGAAGACACUCUUCACUAA